AUGUCCCAAGAUGAAGUAGAAACACUUGAGGCAGCACUCAACUUUAUUACGCAGUACGAAAUGUCAUUGGAUGAGAAACAAUCUAUUGCGACUAUGAAUGGUAUUAAUUUCACUGACGCCUUUGAGCAUUCACUCACACGCCACAACAAGUCACAUUCUCUUGAAAUGCCCGAAUAUCAUCAUGUUUUCAGCCACACGCCUUUUUUGGAGAUGUCUCAAGAGUUAGACGUUAGUAUAAUGAAGACAAGUUUAUAUGAAUCCGAUUUGUAUACUACAGAUACAUUAAGUACUGAAUUUCAGGCCGGAAACGACUUUUUUGAUUCAAUGGCAUCUCACAGUGAGAGUCAGGAGCUACCACUAGAUGUAUCAGUGCAUUCGACGCCCUGCUUGACAUCAUCUCAUGUUGGUAGUAAUGAACAAUUGUCUGUUGCUACCGCAUCGUCAUUGUCUUUGCUGCAGCGACGUCGGCCACGACUAUUGAAAAAAGAGGAGAUUAGUGAUUUAAGAGGCACUGUUGCCGAACUAUCAAGACGACUGGACCAGCUGCAAGCAUCGUCAAUACUGACUUCGCCUGCAGCAGAAGAAAGACACGUAGAGUCGAUUGUGUCAAAGCCAGAGUCGCUAUGGCAACAGGUUGCAGCGAGGCAGCUAUUGUUGCGACAAAAAGCUGAGGAAGCAAACUUGACGCUACGAAAAUUGGUAGAAACUCAAGUGCGCCAGACGAAAAACCUUAAGAGAAUGCUCAGUCGCCGCAAUGAUGCCGAAACGUUGGCAUUGGUUGGUCUUAAACGCCGUAAGCAAAGGCUCGUGACUGAAUUACCACCAAAAGACAAUGAAGAGGUGUUUGCUGCACUUUUGCAGGGAACAGACGAACUAUAUGUCGGUCUUGACAAAUUGUACUACGAAAAGGGAAUGCAACAAGUGCCAUGUCCAGGACGAAAACGUCAAGUACAACGUGAUGCAGUCAAUGGUGCAAUUGUUGUGUUCUUAGAUAAGAACCAAGUUCCGUUUGACAUGCACAAGACACAGAGUGCAGUUUGGAAGCUGCUCUCUGGUCGCCACCGCAAAGACAGUCCAUACACUCAGGGAACUAUCGACUGGGAGGCCCAAGAAAGUGGCAACACGGUCACAAAAUAUGUUUCGUUCACAUGCGUUGCUGGAAAUGUCUCAGCUUUACUUCAGGUUCGCGAGGUAGCUCGAAAAUACGUGACCGAAGACCGAGCCACGUUUAUCUGUCGGUCUAUCAUGGAGCCAAAAUUCACAGGAGAGGACAGUGCGAUGGGUUUGAAGUUUGACGAAACCAUGACUGUUGUGGUGCGGCGAGGUGAACCCUUGUCUUCGGGCCAGGACACUGCCAUCAUCGAGAGCUACCUCUGUGCUACUCGACACGAUGAAGACACCGCAUUGGCGCGCAAGUUUCGAGAAGAGGUUUAUGUGGACAUAGCAAUUGAAGGCUGGGAACAAUCUUACUCGUCACACAAUCAAGAGAUUGAAAACAUCUUGUUUGACGAAUCGAUUCAAGUUGGUUAG